AGUUCCCGGCCACGCAUCUCGCGUAUUUUCUCUGGUAAAUCAGUGGAUACUUGGCCAAUAAUCCGGCAUUGGUUUCAACAAUGAAGGCGUGCGGUUUCUUAUCUUUACUCGCGAUACUGUUUCUCUCUGUCAACAACACUCUAUCUUCAAUAAGGCCAAAACAUGACAAGGUUGUGGCUUGUUACGUCGCUUCCUGGGCGUCAUACCGGCCAACCAAUGGAAAAUUCGAUAUAAAAGACCUUCGUCCGGAACUUUGCACACACCUCAUAUAUGCGUUCGCCGGCUUAAAUGCCACAACGUGGACGAUCAAGAGUUUGGAUCCCUAUAAGGAUAUCACCAAUGGUAACUACAAGAAAAUUACACAACUUCGCCAAAUGUAUCCCGAAUUGAAAGUUUCUCUCGCGAUCGGUGGGUGGAACGAAGGUAGCGAAAACUAUUCUAAGCUUGCUUCUUCGCCCGCAUCAAGGAACACAUUUGUCAAUAGUGUGGUCACUUAUCUCAGGCAAUACGAUUUCACCGGAUUCGAUCUGGACUGGGAAUUCCCCGCAGCACGCGGUGGAUCGCGGUACGACAAAGCGAAUUUCGUCUCCCUCGUAAAGGAACUCAAAGAAGCGUUCAGGGGGUCGAACUAUCAAUUGACCGCAGCUAUAAGCGCCAAUCAACUAACCGUCGACGCAGCAUACGAUAUUCCCGAAAUUUCAAAGUACUUAGAUUAUAUUCACGUGAUGGCUUACGAUUUUCAUGGUACGUGGGACAUGAAGGUGCUCCCGAAUUCGCCGAUGAUAAGCCCAGAUGGUCUUGACGUAGAAGAUACGAUCUCCCAUUUGUUACAUAAGGGAAUACCUCCAAACAAAUUAGUGUUAGGUUUACCUAUGUACGGAAGGACCUUCAUAUUGACUACUAAACCAAGCUUCCCCCAAAAAAGUCCUAUGAAUCAACCAUGCUUGCAGCAAGGAUUCAAGGGUCCUUACACCGGUGAAAAAGGUUUUAUGGGAUACAACGAGAUUUGCGAAGAGAUAAUACGAAAUCCGGGAAACUGGACUACCGGGUGGGAUACUGAGAGUAGCACGCCUUACACAAUCAACGACGAUCACGUUAUCGUGUACGAUAAUCCGAUUAGCAUGAAGGCAAAGGUGGAAUACGCGAUGAAAAUGAAGCUAGCAGGUGUGAUGAUUUGGAGCAUUGACACGGACGAUUUUCACGGCAAUUGUGCCUCAUUGAAGGAUUCUUUUGAUCAAACGGACAACACUUUUCCCUUGAUGAGAUCGAUCAACGUUAUCCUUGAGAAUUCAACUACAUCUACUAAACCAAACAAACCUGGAAGUAAUUCUUCGAACCAAAUAUCUUUAUAUCAAGCUAUCCUAAUAUUAUCAUUAAUAUUAGUAAAGAUGUAA